UCGCGGAAGCAGUUCAGUCCCUGCCUACCCUUCAGCUGCUGUGGUCGGAGUCAGGUAAUAUUCCCUGCCGACACUUCAACUGCUACGGUCGCAUCCAGGUAACACUCGCUGCCUGCCUUUCAGCUGCUCGGAGCCUCUACAGAUCCAACUAUGACUGGGAUCGAUGAUCUUCCAGACAAGAUACUUGUGAAGAUAUUCUUAUACUUCCCUAACGGAGACAUGGCUCAUACAAUAAGAAAGGUCUGCACCCGUUGGAGAAAAGUUUCUGAAAAGUAUAAGAUAUGGAAAUACUGUAGCUUAUGGGCAUAUGCAGGAAUGACAGAAAACUCUAUUGUACUCAAGCUGAAGGCCAUGCCUGCAUUGGAUGUACUUAUGUACUUUGGUCGUUACAAUGUCCUCAAGAGUGUGUCCGAACACUGCAGAAGAAUCGCACUUUUAUGCGUACCCAAUAUACAUAUAACUGCAGACGUUCUUCAAUUAGUGAUGGACCGAUUACCUAUGUUAAGCCACCUUAUAAUCUCAGUGAACCCCACACCAGAAGGACUUCAAAUAACACGCAUUAUCGGAAAAUCGGGCAAUUUCCAGAGUUUAGAGUUACGAUCAUUUGGACAGGAAGGAAUUAUGGAUGGACUGUUGAUGCCUAUUGCAGAGGGCUGUCCGAAUUUGAAGUAUCUGAAAUGUGCAAAUUUCAACUGCCGUGACAGUGAACUCUGUUACUUGAUGCAUCGCAAAAGUUGCCAACUUAUAACUUACCUCCCCACUGGUGUAGUGUCAGCAAGCACAAUCCAGGCUCUGAACCAGUGCCCGAACGUGAAGAGAGUCGUUUUCACCAGGACCAGUUUUAAGGAACCAUUUCCCGAAAUACCACACAUUACUCGGUUACCAAAGUUGAGAAUAUUGGAGGUGCUGAAGUGCAAUUACCCCAUGCUUCACUUAAUACCUUUAACAUUAUUUCGUAACACGUUAUCCCAUUUGAUAUACAUUCGCAUAUGCGAGAUAUUUGGAAACGUCGAUUUCCUGAUCAGCAAGAUCCUGCUUAAGUGUCCUUUACUUAAGCGUCUCGAUUUGGAAAAAAAUCAUGAACUUACUUGCGAAGCACUGAGGAACAUAAGUUCCUGCAAACUAUUAACACGCCUCAGUGUAUCGCACUGCCAGAAUGUGGACAAGAAGGCUAUACAGUACGUUGCUGAAGGCUGUCCGCAGUUGCAACACCUCGACGUGUCCGGCAUUCCCAUGUCAGAUGAGCUGUUUCGGCAAAUCCUGAGAUGCAGGACGCUCACGCUUCUCAUGAUGACCUUCACUGACGUCAGUGUCAUUGACCUCGAUCUUAUCUCUACAAAUAUACCCGGUUUAAAAGAACUUCUCAUUGGCCCCAAAUACAAAUUCGGGCACGACUGCACACGUGACAUCAAGCAGCAUAUGCCACAUCUGAAUAUAUGGGCGCCUCAAUUUGCAAGUGACAUACAAGAUUAUUACACACAGAAAUAUGAAUACGUUAAUCUACAUACUGGGUAUAAGGAUGAUCCAUCAGACCUCAUGAAAUAGCUCUGUAGAGCUUGCGUGCAUGAAGUCGUAACUGCACACACGAACUCUGUGACUUCAGUGGAUGUCCAACACCAUGUUAUUGUGAUUAGGGGAGCACAACUUGCUCCUGCCUGUCUUGAAUAAAUCUAAAUGUCUAUAGGGACUGUACUUGCAAGCAAAGAGUCAAAUUUUAGAGCCUUAUAUUGAUACUUCACUGUUCUACCUAGGAUAAAUUUGCAGUUUACAUGUGUAACAAAUAAAUAAUUAAGUAUAUGCAUUUCAA